UCUGUGCGCUCCGCAGUCCCCGCACACCCACCAACGGCGCUGUUCUUAUGAUGAGAGUCCAGAAGAGACACCCGGCGGAGCUGGACACAGGUUUAAAAAUGAGCGGGUGACAAACAGCUGCAGCAUCCAUGUCCUACUGCUGGAGGAAAAUGGAAAAAGUCUCUCCAUCAUCCAGCCUCUGGUCUUCCAUCAGCUCCACUUCUCCAAAGUGGAGCGGAACGUUCGGGCGCGUUUCUGGACUUGUCCGCUCCACCAGCGCGCGCAGUGACACAAGCCUACAAUGAUUUGGGCUUCUCAAUAAACUAUGGGCGCGUACAUCCUGGAGUCCAACUCCAGCGGCAACCAGACGCCUGCGGUGUCCGAGGCUGGGACUGUCCUCCCGGGUUACCUGGUGGUGAUCAUAUCGGUGCUCAUGGUGACUCUGGUGAUAGUUGUGGUGGCUGGUAACGCACUGGUCAUCAUGGCCUUUAUUGUGGAUAAAACGCUGAGAAACCAGAGCAACUAUUUUUUUCUGAACCUUGCCAUUUCGGAUUUUCUUGUGGGUGCUUUCUGCAUUCCGGUGUACAUCCCCUAUAACCUGACGGGCAGGUGGAUGCUGGGGAAGGGGCUCUGCAAAGUGUGGCUGGUCAUGGACUACCUGCUCUGCUCCGCCUCGGUCUUCAACAUCGUCCUCAUUAGUUAUGACCGCUUCCUGUCAGUCACAAGGGCGGUUAAAUACAGAGCCCAGAGGAACAUCACUCGCCAGGCCGUGCUGAAGAUGGUGGCGGUGUGGGUGUUGGCCUUCCUCCUCUACGGUCCUGCCAUCAUCUUCUGGGAGGCGAUAGUGGGUCAGAGCAUUGUCCCGGCCCACGAAUGCUACGCAGAGUUUUACUUCACCUGGUACUUCCUGCUCAGCGCUUCUACCUUUGAGUUCUUCACCCCAUUUGUGUCGGUAGCCUUCUUCAACCUCAGCAUCUACCUUAACAUCCAUCAGAGGAACAAGAACGGCAACGCUUCUGCGGAGGAGGAUGUCGCGCCUCGGCGGAAAUCCAAGAAGCACAAAGACGGAGUGGGCUGGUCUGUGUUUUUUGUCAAAACUCGGAAGGUGACAUCCAGCGAGCCUGCUGCUAUCUCUGCGGUUAUCGAGGAUGACGACAUCCUGUCGCCGUCUUCCAGCGAGUGUCCUGACACCAGUCAGAUCUUUGUACAGAGGGAGAAAUUCUCUCCACAUAGAAAAAACUCCAGGCUGUUUCAGCCCACAGCCUCGUGCAUGGCUCCCGGCCGGAGAACGCCGGGAUCGCGUCUUUCCCGAGACAAAAAGAUUGCAAAGUCUUUGGCUAUCAUAGUCUGUAUAUUUGGAAUAUGCUGGGCUCCGUACACUCUGCUGAUGAUUAUCCGUGCUGCCUGUGGCGGUGAAUGUGUGGCCAACUAUUGGUACGAGAUUACCUUUUGGCUCCUGUGGCUGAACUCGGCCAUCAACCCGUUCUUGUACCCUCUGUGCCACAGCAGCUUCCGGAGGGCUUUCUCAAAGAUCCUGUGUCCCAAACGACAGUCGGUGCAGCCUCAAAUGGAGGCUCAGUCCUGUUAGGACAAACUCUCCUGUGCAGCCAUAAGUUAUGAAUGCUGUAAACGUUGAUAGUCAUGCUCUGUAAAAAACUAAAUCCAUAUGAUGUUCUUCCAUGAUUAAAAAAAAGACGUUUGUAUGUAAGUGAGAAGUGUCGGAACAGCAAUACAACGGAGCAGAACGAAGCCGGAGAUGCUGAUAAUGAUAGAGUCGGUACGCUGACUCCCACUGCAUCAGUGUUAGCAGAUAUAAUUGCUCUUGAUUAAAGCGCCCCAGAGAGCCACUGUCCAAUUUUUCAAACGCUGUAAAUGUUGGUUUCAAAAUGUAUGUAAACCUUCACUGUAAGUAGCACAAUGACGGGACUAAGGCUUUCAGAUGUUAAUGUGCUCAUGCUGUGAGGUGAUGACUUCUGUAGCCAAAUUGUCAUUGAUUACCAUCAUUUAGUUCAAGGUGUUGCAUUAGGCGUGCCGUACAAUGCAUGAAGACGCUGCAUCAUUGUCUGUCUGAAUGGAAGCAAAGAAAAAGGAACGUCCCCUGCCUGCAACUAACAUCUACUUUCACUCUUUUAAAAGCAGCGAAAAACCUUUGAAGUCCCAUUUGUAUGACGCUGAUAAAGAGCAAGGACCUAAUGGUCCUUUAAUGUUUUCACAACCCCUGGCACACGAAAUCCUGUUGCUUUACCUUUUUAAAAAUGAAGCUGUUAAUUUGUAAAGGACCUUUAGCGUUUGUCUUCAAAAAGCCGAUCCAAGCUUUUCAUCAUCACGCAGCAAUAGAAUCACUAAUACCGAGUCCUCAAACUUCAAAGCACAAGAAAGGAGCAAGGGACUACUGGCUGUCAUUUUGUUUUUCACAGUCGAAUCUUGUGGUCUUGCUCCGUCUGCACAGAAUGUAUCUCUGAGGUUGAUGUUAGUGUGCCUAUGAAAUGAAAACAAGAGUAAAGCUUCAUGCCAAACAUUAGAGUUCAGUUGGCGGAGGGGAUUGUGUUCAUCUUGUGAAGUAUUUCAUCAAAAAUGUUGCCCCUUUUUUUACCUAAAUAUUAAAACCCAUAGGCCUAACGCUAGUCUGCAGAAACGUGUUCUAUUUAGGGAUUGGAUCAUAGGAGGUUUACAUUUCUGAGAAAACAAGCUGUUACACAUCAAAUUACAUAAAGUUUUAGAAUAUAAUUAGAUUUUCUAUAAGGCUUAAAAAUUAAACCUGGUUUUCUCUUUUUUAAAUAAUAUUGUCACCUGAUUGUGUUUAGUUAUUUCUAUUCUAGUUGGUGUAGACGAUCAUUAGACAUCUUCCUCUUGCAUUGGACUUUUUUUCCUAAUACAUUAACCCUUUGAUGCAUAACGGUCACUACAGUGGACAGGUACUCUAAAGUGUUAUUUAUUUAUUUUUGCUAUUAAGCACAGCUGUUGAAGACUUUAUUGCAUUUGAGCCCCUCCGUUUGGACUUCAGUAAGUCCAGCCGACAUAUUUCAUGCUCAGAAUACACGCUGUCCACUGAGGUGGACAUGUAAUAAACUAUGUGUAAAUUAAUAAACGUUACAAAAAACAUUUGUUGAAAUUUGUUUCAUUCACACCUAAAGACGAAUGAAAAAAAAUUGUUAACAAAACCAUGGUUGGAGAUUUCAUAAUUCAUGCAUCAAAGGGUUAAUAACAUGCAACCAGGUGGUACAAAAGUCUGUUUAUUGGGAGAAAUGAUCUGAUUUUUUUAAAGAAACCUUUUUAUUAGACUUGAUCUGGACUGUUCAGAAGGUAAACUGCCUUCAGACUGUAGAUGAUACAAGCCAUCCUCUGUCUAUUUGCAGGGAGGAUAAACAAGUUCAAUUAAAAAGACUUUAAUUUGAUCUGCCUGUAAUCAAAACAUUUCAAUUAAUUCUGAAUAAAAAUGACUGACUUCA